GAUCUUCAAAAUUUUUUUCUCUUUUUUUUUAAAACUCUUAAUAAAAUAAUAGAAAUUUCAGAGAAAAAAUAAGAUUGUGAAAAAUAAAGAAUUCUUCUAUCGGGUCAUAAUCGGUAAAGAGACAAAUACCGAUUUCUAAAGUCUACCGUGACCCCAAGGACCGUCAUCGAAGGCCACGGUUAUCUGGGUCGCGGACACGCGAAUUAUCCCGAGAUCCUUCCGCUCUUAGCAAAUCCUUCUCCCUCUACUGAUCAUGUUUCGUUCAUGCUCCCUUCGCUUGUGGUUCCAUUUGAGGUCUGAGGUCUGCUGUUGUCGAGGAUUGUCGAGAGAACUGAUGUCAUUGCCAUGUGCUCAGACAGGAAAAGGAAGAACGACAGAAAGGAUCCGGGCGCAAGUCGCUACGGAAGUUUUAUCAAUUACUACCAAUUUCAUCCCGUUGAUGAACGCGUUGGCCAGCUUCCGCGAGGCGUGUGGCGGUCUCAACAUCCGGACCGGAAAUAUAUCGCGCUUGAUGUUGGCUGUAAUGCUGGGAAUCUUACAUCUGCACUCAAGCAAUUCAUUAAGAACAAUCUUGAGCCAGACAUAGAUGUUCAUAUACUGGGCAUUGACCUAGAUUCAACACUCAUUGAAAGAGCACGUGAAAAUUAUCCUGAGCCCAAUGUCAAAUUUCAAUGUCUUGAUUUUUUUUCUAAAGAAAGUGAACAUGUUCUCACUGAGUAUCUUCAACAAUUUGAAAGAACACGAUUUGAUGUUGUUUUCUGUUUCUCAAUUACAAUGUGGAUACAUUUAAACCAUGGAGAUGAAGGUCUUAUUAAAUUUCUAGAAGACAUCUGCUUUUAUUCUGAAAUGGUCGUAAUUGAACCACAAUUAUGGAAGUGUUACAGAAACGCUUCAAGAAGAUUACGAAGAGCUGAUGAAGGUGAUUUUCCCUUGAUCAAUGAAUUAAAAAUGACUGGAGAUAUGGAACGACAUAUUGAAAGAAUUAUCUGUUGCGAUAAAUGCAAUUUUCAAAAGAUCAAUAUCACCAAAAAUAAUAAUUGGGGUCGAAAAUUAUUAAUAUUUCAAAGAAAGUCUUGACAAAUACAA